UCCAUGGAGAAGGCUCGACACAGACACUGUAAUGCUGCUGGUAACUGGUAAAGACUAUAUAUACAUCAGCCAAAAUUACCACCUCUUCACUUGCAGACCUCUCUGUCUCUGUCUCUCUCUCUCUCUCUCUCUGUGUCUCUUCCAACUUCCGUUAUUAACAGACAGCCACAGACCCUCCUCCCUCCAUUAUUUAACUAAUUCGCCACUACCACCGAACAUUCAUUAGUGGGGAAUUUCUCUCGGUGACAAGUUCUUCUUCUUCUUCUACACUGUUUCUGUUUCUUGGUUCUCUGUGUUUAAGCACUCUUCUUUGUUUUUCUCGCAUCUCCUAUGGCUCUCUCUGCAUUUUCUUUGCCUGCUCAUGUCAAUAGUGUCACAAGUUUAGACCACCUUCAAAAUUAUAGUUUUUUAUCUUCUCAUUUCUUAUGGAGAACAGAUCUGCUGUGCCAAUCUUUUAAAAAGAUCAAUCAGGUACAUGUCAAGAAAAGGCCAAAUGGGGUUUGUGCAUCACUAUCAGAGAGCGGAGAGUUUCCUUCACAGAGGCCACCAACACCUCUCUUGGACACCGUAAACUAUCCAAUUCAUAUGAAAAAUCUAUCUAUCAAGGAGCUAAAACAACUAGCAGAGGAGCUGCGGUCCGACGUUAUCUUCAAUGUUUCGAAAACUGGGGGUCACUUAGGCUCUAGCCUCGGUGUUGUGGAGCUCACCGUGGCUCUUCACUAUGUUUUCAAUAGCCCUCAAGACAAGAUACUGUGGGAUGUUGGCCAUCAGGCUUACCCUCACAAGAUUCUAACUGGGAGAAGAGACAAGAUGCAUACAAUAAGACAGACCAAUGGAUUGGCUGGUUUUACAAAGCGAUCGGAGAGUGAAUAUGAUUGUUUUGGCACAGGUCACAGCUCUACCACCAUUUCUGCUGGCUUGGGAAUGGCUGUGGGGAGAGAUCUAAAAGGAAGAGCGAACAAUGUGGUUGCUGUUAUAGGUGAUGGUGCCAUGACAGCAGGACAAGCUUAUGAAGCUAUGAACAAUGCAGGGUACCUAGACUCUGAUAUGAUCGUUAUUCUUAAUGACAACAAACAGGUUUCUUUACCAACUGCCAAUUUAGAUGGGCCAAUACCACCUGUCGGAGCCUUGAGCAGUGCUCUCAGUAGGCUGCAAUCAAACAGGCCUCUCAGAGAACUAAGAGAGGUUGCUAAGGGAGUUACAAAACAAAUUGGUGGACCGAUGCAUGAAUUGGCAGCAAAGGUUGACGAAUAUGCUCGUGGAAUGAUCAGUGGUUCUGGAUCAACCCUCUUUGAAGAGCUUGGUCUCUAUUAUAUUGGUCCGGUGGACGGGCACAAUAUUGAUGAUCUUAUUGCCAUUCUCAAAGAGGUGAAGAGUACCAAAACAACAGGUCCUGUCCUAAUCCAUGUUGUCACCGAGAAAGGUCGGGGGUAUCCAUAUGCUGAGAGAGCUGCGGACAAGUACCACGGAGUGAACAAGUUUGAUCCCGCAACUGGAAAGCAGUCCAAGGCAAGUGCUAGCACACAGUCUUACACAACAUAUUUUGCAGAGGCUUUGAUUGCAGAAGCUGAGGCGGAUAAAGAUGUUGUUGCAAUUCAUGCUGCAAUGGGAGGAGGGACAGGCUUAAAUCUCUUCCUUCGCCGUUUUCCGACAAGAUGUUUUGAUGUGGGGAUCGCAGAACAGCAUGCUGUUACUUUUGCUGCGGGACUUGCCUGUGAAGGUCUUAAACCUUUUUGCGCAAUCUACUCGUCUUUCUUGCAGAGGGCUUAUGACCAGGUGGUACAUGAUGUUGAUUUGCAGAAACUUCCAGUAAGAUUCGCAAUGGACAGAGCUGGGUUGGUGGGAGCAGAUGGUCCCACACAUUGUGGAGCUUUUGAUGUCACUUAUAUGGCAUGCCUCCCUAACAUGGUUGUUAUGGCUCCUUCUGAUGAGGCAGAGCUUUUCCACAUGGUUGCUACUGCUGCUGCUAUAGAUGAUCGUCCUAGCUGUUUCCGCUACCCGAGAGGUAAUGGUGUUGGUGUUCAGUUGCCACCAGAAAACAAGGGCAUUCCUCUUGAGGUUGGAAAAGGCAGGAUAUUGAUUGAAGGGGAGAGGGUGGCACUCUUAGGCUAUGGUACCGCAGUCCAGAGCUGUUUAGCUGCUGCCUCUUUAGUGGAACGCCACGGUAUUCAUCUGACAGUUGCAGAUGCCAGGUUCUGCAAGCCAUUGGACAAUGCCCUUAUUCGUAGCCUUGCAAAAUCACACGAGGUUUUGAUUACAGUGGAAGAAGGAUCAAUCGGGGGCUUCGGGUCUCAUGUUGCUCAUUUUCUGGCCCUGGAUGGUCUUCUUGAUGGCAAACUAAAGUGGCGACCGGUUGUUCUUCCUGAUAGGUACAUUGACCAUGGAUCGCCAGCUGAUCAGCUGGUAGAAGCUGGUCUCACACCAUCUCACAUUGCAGCAACAGUAUUCAAUAUACUCGGACAAAGAAGAAACUCUCUGGAGAUUAUGUCAUCAUAAAGAAGAAGGAGACACCAGUUUUGCAUUCUUACAACAACGUACAAAUAGAAGGACUGUAAGAUUUAUGUGUAACCUUCAAAUCACUGUAGACAAUGCAGUGUCAGUUUUAGGACAACAACAGCAUGUAUAAACAGCACCAUCUUUGCUUACGAGUCAUAAACAUUCCAGCCUGAGCUAUUUCAGAUGAAUGCAAAGCCGUUGAAGCUUUUGGCACUGAUAAAAUUGAAACCUGAUAGCUCUUACGGCAUGUUUGGCAUGGAGCCAUGGAAUGUAAUAAAAUGUGUGAUGUAAUGAUAUGGUGUCGUGUAAAAGUAACAAAAUAUGUUAUGAAAUGAAAAGUGGACAGGCUCAUUAUAAAUCUUCA